AUGCUCUCUCAGCAAUCCCUUCUCAAGACCGCACAUGCGAUUCGCGCCGGCUACAUCCGGUCCACAGCGUCCACAUUCAAACGAUCCCUGACAUCCACAAGCGGCCGGCUCAAUGCGCCGCCGCCGCAACAGCAGCAAGAGCCGAGCGCGUACAGACAGGGAAUGGCCAAUUACAAGACCUUUGCAAAGCCCUUUAGCAAAGUGUUUCUGGGAGCGGUGCUUACGUAUCAAUUGAUUUAUUGGACGUGGCUCAAGUUGGAGACGGACGAGUCGAUGCUCGAGAAGAAUGAAGAAAUGACGGCUUUGGAGCAAAAGGCUCGGGAGUUGGUGGCUGCUCAGAAAUGA